GUUUACACACGUUGACUGCGUGUUGCUCCUCUUUGCCGUCUGCGGGCCUGUCGACAUAGAAAAGGGGCCGCCUUUCGACGCGUGCGGAAGUACGACACAGCCGGCAGCGGAACGACGAGAUCGUUUCGACGUCGCGACUAUGGAGGGCGGCGCAGAGGGUAAACAUGAUCCGUUGAGUCAUGGUGAGCUGCAGGCAGUGGCGACGGCCGUGUCGACGAUCGUUCUUCGAUGUCAGCAGGAGAGGGCGCUGGGGCGGCUGAAGGACCAGUUGUGCGCGCGUAGACGGAGGAAAUUGACGCAAGAUCCGUUCGAUGGGGCCGAUUACGUGGCGAUGUCGGAGGCUGUUGUUCAGCUGUGCUACGCGUUGGGUUGCGGAGUGAUACCACGUGCGACGCCGCGGUGGUGGGUGAAGCGCAGGACAGGAGGCAUGUGGGAAGACCUCAGCCAAUGCGACGACGCGACAAACGACUACUUCCGGGAUAAGCUUCUCAUGUCGCCGCGAGUGUUCAAGGAAACGCGGAGGCGUGUGCGCCUCAUACAGCAGCGGGUCACGUUCUACGGGGAACCUUUGCAGCCGGACCAGAUUUUGGCGUAUGCGCUGUACAGAGUGUUCGGAGAUAAGAUUGCGUGGCUGACGGGACUUUGUAAACUCGUCGUUCUGCGGGUGUUUGCUGAUAAAGGGUUCCCCAACUGCCACGGCUGCAUUGAUUGCACUCACGUGUACGUAGACAAGCCGGCGAACGCUCCUAGCGAAAACUACUACGAUAGGAAGCGUCGUUUCUCCAUCGUCGCGCAGGUUGUCGUCGACCUCGACUUGCGUGUGCUCCACGUGCACAUGGGAUACCCAGGUAGCUGCCACGACAUCAGAGUGCUGCAGUUGUCCAGCCUGUUGGUGUGCGCAGAGGAGGGGUCGUUGUUCUGUGGUCCCCCCGUGACACUGCCGUUCGGUGUGAAGACGAACGGGUACAUUCUGGCGGACAAUGGGUACCCCCCUUCCGAAUGCAUGGUCGUUCCGUAUGGAGGCAUCAAUCAGCACGUCGACGAGGAACGGUUCGACAACAACCAGAAGGUGGCGAGGGGAGGAGUGGAGAGGGCGUUCGGCAGGCUGAAGGGCAUGUGGCGGCUGUUUUUGCAGACACACAAGACAAAUUUGGACAGGCUCCCGCAGCAGUUCACCGCCGUAUGCAUACUGCACAACAUGCUGAUCGACGUAGGAAUACCCUUCGACGAGAAUCUGUUGUAGGAGGUCGACGCCAAUGGUGUGCGACGACGUGUGGACCUGGGGAUCGAACAGCCCCUCCAGCCUGUUUCGAUGUUGACGUCGACAGACGAAGCGU